UGGCAAACAGCAAAGGUGACAAAAGUAUGACGUACAUCAAAAACCCAGACCAAAAUGUGAAGGAGAGCCAGGCCGUGGAUGAUGACUACAAACACUCCGGCUAUACCAGAGGCCAUCUCAACCCCAGCAGCCACCAAGCGACAAAGGACGAUCGGACGGCCACUUUUACCCUGACAAACAUCGUUCCUCAAACAGCUACCUCCAAUGGCAGUGACUGGAACAACUUUGAACAGAAGAUGUUGGCCAGAUUUAAAAAUGUCUGCAAAGAUAAAUUGUAUGUAGUUACCGGCAUCAUCCCUUAUCAGUCAGGAAAGCACAAAAUCAAAGAUAGGGUGUACAUUCCUGAGUACAUAUGGUCUGCUUACUGCUGCAACGACAAUAAUGUGGGAAAGGAUCAGGGAAAAUACUUCCCCACAUAUGCUGCUGUGGGAAGAAACGAUCCCAACAGUGGAAAUGAUGUGGUGAAGAGAGAUCCCAAAAAUUCAGGCUAUGAUGUUAAGGAGAUGCCCUUAGAGGAACUGGAGACGAUCCUGAAAAAGAAACUAAACAUGAACAUAACUCUGUUUCAUGGGCACUGUGGAGCUAAGUAACAUGUAAAAAGCUCAAGUUAUCCCAGAACAAAAGUUAUAUGUGGAGCAUUUUACUGAUGGAAAAUGAUGAUGAUUUUUCAAUGUACUCUUUCCACAAACUUUUAAUAAAGCAUUUCUUGGCAU